AUGUCCCAAUGUACGAAUUUGGUGUCAAAAGUGACAUGUCAAUUUAAAGAAUCUUAUACUAGAAAAAAUAUUGCUGAUAAAAUAUACAAAAUACUUGAAGAGUUUGGAAUUGAAACUAAAAUUAUUGUAUUAACUACUGAUAAUGAUGCUAAUAUGAUUUCUACUGCAAAUUAUUUAUCAGAUAAGUUGAUUUUAAAUGAUUUUUGUCACUACAGAAAUAUAGCUCAUAUACUAAAUUUAGUAGUUUUAGCUGAUUUAAAUUCUUUAGCAGAUUCAAUUAAAAAAUUAAAAAAAUUAAUUAAAGUUAUUUGCAAAUUAACAAAAAAUUUUGAAGAUUUAAAAAAUAUUGUAACUUUGGAUGAAAAACCUUUUUUAGCUCCAAUUUAG